GUGCCGCUGCACCACUAUGUCAAAAAAACAAAUUUUGUUCUGAAAACUUCAUCCGUCGUCCAUCUGUUUCUGUCGUUUCUGUAAUUUCUGCUGCCUUCUGUCACACUUUUUCCAUCGUGAGUCCGUGAGUGUUUUGCAAGUGCUAAGAAAGCGAAAAGACAACCAACAUGCUUCGCUCUGCAGCUGGACAGCUUUUCGGUGUCAUCCGCGGAUCGGCGGGUUUGAUGACAUCCCGUCUGGGCGCCGCUGGAGUGGUCCGUCACUCGCACAGCAGCGAGAGUGCCGAGGAAUUCGAUGCCCGCUAUGUGGCCUAUUUCAGCAGGUCGAACAUCGACCACUGGGAGGCCCGCAAGGGAAUGAACGACCUGCUUGGCAUGGAUCUGGUCCCUGAGCCGAAAGUUAUUGUUGCCGCUCUGAAGGCGUGUCGCCAGUUGAAUGACUAUGCCUUAGCCAUCCGGUUCCUGGAGGGCUGCAAGGACAAGUGCGGCAGCCAGGUCAAUGAAAUCUACCCCUACCUGCUGCAGGAGAUCCGCCCGACGCUAACCGAACUGGGCAUCGAGACUCCCGAGGAACUGGGCUACGAUCAGCCGGAGCUGGCGCUGAAAUCGGUUUUCGAUUUGCACUAAAUGGCUUUUGUGGCCAAAUGGCAUUAUCCUAGUAGAUACCCGGUUGCAGCAUUAGUUGAAUUAAGUGCGUAAAAAGUGGGCUGAAUUGAUCCAGAUUAAGAAAAACGUUCGAAAAUGGUUAUGUAAUCACCAGGCGAGUAAUCGUCACACUGUAAGAGAUGCGAAAUAAAAGUGGUAACAAAGAAGAAA